ACUUCCGGAAAACGGAUUCAAACAGGAACACCGGAAAGGCGGAAGAAACGGAAGACAGCUCACUCGCCUCCGGUACUACUUCACACACAAGAUGAGUGCGUUCAGUUCGUUGGCCUUUUCGGCGGCCGAGUUCAGCAAUCUGGUGCCGCUAACGGCGGUGAUCGUGUGCAUCGGUGCAACGAUCAUGUUUUUCAUCAAGGCCACCGUCAUACUUCGCGUGCAGGCCGAUGACGUGCUGCGGCCGUCGAAUGUAACGCAGCAGAACCAUAACGUGCACGUACCGCGCCUUAAAAUGACCAGGGUCCACAUACCGUUCACCUUUCGGCUGCUCGACGCGGGAAACAACUCGUUCGAUGAGGUCCGUCUAGCGGUGUCGAGCCAGGUGAAGUACUCGCUGCAAGCCUUCUGGGGCGUCUCGAUCCGUGAGCUGCACGUAUCGCUGUGGAGAACGUGGAACGACCUCAAGGAAGCGUCGAGCUCGCACAUCGUAGACUCCAGCUACUGCCAGCAACUGGCAACUAACGUAAGAUGCUGUCCACCGCACGCGGAGCACAUCAUCGCGUUGCAGUCACCGAAGCCACCACUGAUCCUGGGCGCUCCGCCACGGCUGGCGUAUCCGCUGGUGGUGUUCAUGAUCCGCGAGUCCGAACCGGACGAGCUGCUCCAUCCCGAUGAGACGGUCAUUUUGGUGAUUGUUGUCCACUUGCGGGACCCGGUGUGCCCGCUGCCGACGUCGAUUCUAGCGCAGUACUUGAAGCAAGCGAGCGGUCAACUGUCCUGCCUGAAGCAACUCUACCUGGCCACCGGCGAUCCGAUGACGGCGGAUGAAGUGAGCAGUGCAGCCACCGGUAGCGGUGCAGCCGGACCAAACGGUGGCAGCGGAACCACUCCUACAGGAACACUGUCCCUCGCCGAACCGGUCGCCUGCGCCGGCAACAAUGAGCCGCUGCUCUGUUCCGAUUCGGCGCCCCGGGACUGUCCGGUUGGUGAGCAACUGUGCGUCGUGUGCCAUUACUUCCCACUGUCCCGGGCCCUGCUUCCCUGUCGCCACACGUGCAUCUGUGCGGUUUGUUUCGCCAAACUGGACCGAUGUCCGAUGUGCCGUGCCACCAUCAGCAGCUACUUUUGCAUACGAACCGAGGAGUAUCUCCCGGCGAGCACGACGAACGAGCUUAAGGUCAACAGCAAACCGAAAGGAACCGUUCACUGGCUGGACGCGCUCAACGAUCGACUAACCGACUUUCUUGGCUUUCGGUGAAGAACACUCGUAGACUAAUGAAGGAAGCGUACCGUGUGUGUGUGCGUGUGAUGAUGAUGAUGGUGUGCGCGAGUGAGGCGGAAAGAUAAAGUAGAGGUCCGGGAGCGGGUGGGUCGGUGCCACACCCUACCCGUCGGCCGGUAACUGGUUGAAGGGGGUUGCGUAGCAUCUUCCGCUCGGCGACAGCGUUGAAAUGGCGGCAUAAUGAAUUAAAUAUGAAAAUUAUGUUUAUCGCUAAGUAUUAGAUAACGUCCGGUGGCGAAGGUUCAGUGUCCUGAAGUUGAGCCUCCGCCGGUGUUAGUAGUAGUUAGUAGCAGAAAGAUAGGAGGAGCUUGGAUGGGAAGGAUGCCGGAACAGAAGAUAUAUAGGGUAAGGCUGUUGUGGAUGGCAGCGCGCGAAUUGUAGCGGAUUUUGUCUCUCCCAUGGAAAAAAAAAGAUUGGAAUUAAUGUUCCCCACUUCGGAUCAACAUCGGAUUGUGGCGAGCGGAGGGGCAUGUUUUUUUUAUCUUUCGAAGCGGUACGCCGUCGGUCGGUAAAUGGUUGUCCUUUUAUAUUAUUUGAUGUGUUUAUUAAGCAAACUACUAAACAGUUUCGAGGAGGAUUAUUUUCUAUAGCUGUGAUUUUAAAACGAGAACGUAAGUGAUGUGUUAAAAAAAACAAAAGGAAGAAAUCUAUCCACGGAUGACUGAUAUGUGUUUUAAAGAAAGGAAUAUUAAGCUGUGAGGCACUGUUUGUUUUGUUUUCUUCUUCUAUCGACCUAUUUCAUUUUAUGUGCGUGGUGCGGUAAUCAAGGAAAGAAAUGGGUUAUUCUCGAAAGAACUAUAACGUAAUUUACAAGUGGUUCGAAUCGGAUCGGCAACCGGAACCGGAACCGGGCGAUUCAAAUGAGAAUCGAACAUCGCAUAUAGAGCUCACAUUUUUCAAGUUUUUACAUGCUUGGACAUUUUUAUUUAGAAAGGCCGUCAAUUUUAAACUAAUAAAAUUUAUACAAACAU